AUGCCCGGGUUACUUCAACCGUACCGCUCAGUUCGGACAGAAAAGGUUCAAGAACCCCGAUGUACGCAAAACCCGACCAACAUUUUUUGCUCGGUCACGGGAUGAACCAAAGAGUCUACCCCUCGACUUCGAGUCUAAAGGUUCUUAAAUCAAGCAGAGCCAGUGGAUCUCUUUAUUUGUCAACGUGAAUACCAUCGACAACCUGAGGCUAUGAUUUUUUCAGCCAUGAACUUUUCGGAAACCUUAUCCCAUCGAAGAGAAGGCUUUGUGAAAGCUUCUGGAGACAUCCAGAAAACGCCCGCCGUCUCCUUUGUCCUUCAGACAUCCUCCAGAAGUUUCCUCUCCUCUCCUUUUAUAACCCCGCAAUGGCCCCCCUUCGACCGCCACUGAAACUCUGACAGGAAAGCUCGAACUUUUCGACAGAUACCGAUUUCCUUAUUGUCUUUCCGUUUGUCCCAAGAGCCUAGACAGGAACAAUGUCUCAGAGCUUGUGCAACUGGAGACCCCCCCUGCUCUCUCCGUUGUCGCGGAGAGCUUCGAGGGCGUCUCAGCCCAUCCACUCGGAACCCCUUCUUCUGUUGCAGCCCACCGGCGGCCGGUACCAGAGUUGCCAGGCCAUCAGGGCUGCGGCGGCCGACGGCAGGGACAACCUGGACCACUUGCAGAGAGCGAGCGGCAGGCAGCAGCAACCCAAGAGAAGGGUAGGCCCCGUCGCUCCCAUUGGUUUGUGGGACAGGUUCCCGACGGCGAGGACUGUGCAGCAAAUGAUGGAGACGAUGGACAGAAUCAUGGAGGAGCCUGUUGCCUACUCGAGCGGGUGGCCCUCGCAAUUGCCGACCGAGGCGGGAGGGUUUGGCCGGGGGAGGACCCCGUGGGAGAUCAAGGAAGGCGAGCGCGAGUACAAGAUGAGAUUCGACAUGCCUGGUAUGACCAAAGAGGACGUGAAGGUGUGGGUCGAGGAGAAGAUGCUCGUCAUCAAGGCCGAAAAGGCUCCCAAGAAGAAGCGCGGUGAAGGUGAGGGCCCGGAGAGCGGAGCUGGCGAGGAAGAAGGGGAAGGGGACUGGUCUGCUAGGAGCUAUGGGAGGUACAGCAGUAGGAUUGCAUUGCCGGAGAACGUGCGGUUCGAGAAGAUCAGAGCAGAAGUGAAGGAUGGAGUCUUAUAUAUAACCAUUCCUAAGGAUGACAAUACCGGGAAGAUACUCGACAUCAAUGUCCAAUGAUUCCUGUUGUGUACUUUAGAUAUACACUGCCGAAACAGCAGUCUUCUCGGAGUCAAUUGAGUCUACGUUUCUUGGAGGUUAACGAGUCUAUCUGUUUUGUGUCGGCAUCAAUUACAGUACGGCACACGUUGUGUGUUCUUCCUUGGUCCCUUGCGAUAGAUGACAACUGAAGGAGUAUGAAAGUCCUCUGUCUCCAUUAUAACGUGGUUCGGUUCCUGAAUGAUGCAUGUGUCGGUGUUGGUUCAUUCUAUUUGUUUCUUUUUUGUCAUGAUGGUGGUUGAGGAAAGAAUAAAUACAUUUUAGCUUGCUUUUUUCGGUAA